AUGUCAUCUACAGCAGCCCCUCCAAAUGCACCAAUUCAAGUGCUCUUAGACGACGUGCUCGAGAUUCCAGAUGAGCAAUUCGCCGCGAUGUCUCCUGUUGCCGAGCUCAUUGUCGGCGAGCUUCUUGCGUUCGAAUUUACCCGGCCUGACCUGACCGCAACCCUCGCCGUAUCCGAGUUCGAGCCGACAUUCCAUGAGCCUCAGAUUCGCCCCGAUAGCAACGCCCGUGUAUUAUUCAACAAAGCUCACAAUCUUCGAGAAUUGUACGCCUCCGGCUAUCGAUCCAUCGAGGUUCGAUCCCCUUGCACGUCGAUAGUGGAACACAUGCCAAUCGGUUCCGAAGCAUUCUCGCAACAUCUGGACUCUGUCGAGCAGCUGAAGUCAACCAUCUCGGAUAACGUUGAUUGGCUAAGCAAUGUUGAGGUCAAUGACAAACGCGACGCCGCGUACAUCAAGCUGGCAAGCGCCUUGCUUGUUGCAUUUCGAACCCCUUCACUGCAAUCGAGAAAAGUUGCUCAUCACGUCGGCGUCUGCAUGCACCACAGUGCGCUAUAUUUACACAAAGCCGUCACCAGCAAUGCCUCACUGCAGUGUUGAGAGCACCGAAUCCCUCGGACUCGUCUCCAACAUUGUGAUUCAGGAGCUCUUUCCUACGCAAGCCAGUUCCGGAGUCUUCACCAAUCGCAACAGCCGCGGCCAAGCUCGAAUCUUCUUCUUGAAUGGUCACCGGGUCGUCAGCUGCCUUGACACUUACAACUCGAGCAUGCAGACCGUUGAGCCCCCAGCUGGUUUUGGCUUCGACGGCCACACUUGGCGAGUCCUGGACCCACAGGCGCAAGCGCGAUAUUACCAGCUGCAAAGCUUCAAAGGGGUCCUUGUAGCGUCGUUGGCCCCGAUUCGAAAGGGACUUGCGCAUGCUGGCGAGGAGAGGGGUAUUAAUGCAGACGGAGGGAGCGGAGCCGAUAAGCGGUCGGGAUCUUCGCAGGGUCCAAGCGGCCGGCUGUCAAAGCGGACGCGACGUUAGUACCGGGUCGUCGGAGCGAUUUUUCGUAUUUCUGGCUGUUGGAGAGCGAUUUUUGGGCAAUUUCACGACAUUGAAUUUUUCAUGUUUCGGAACUCUUCCAAUGUACGACCGAAAAUAGGUACAAAUCGACCCCUCAGACACCUCAUCCCGAUGUACAAAUCGGCCAAAAAUCGCCGUUUUUUCGGACGCACAUUGGGCUGAGCUUUCCCGGGUCCUGCUAUAGCUGUGCUUCCCACACACGCGGGCUCACGGGCGGUACUCGCAACGCACGUUCCCUUUCGGGCCUUCACUGCGUUGUCGACGUUUCCCCCCGUGGAUGCUAUAGCUGUGCUUCCCACACGCGGGCUCACGGGCGGCACUCGCAACGCACGUUCCCUUUCGGGCCUUCACUGCGUUGUCGACGUUUCCUCACCAGCUUCUGCGGCUGCGUUCACCACCUGUAGGGACAGGUGCGUUCCUCACUCCCAAGACUACCUCCCAGCUGACGAGGUCGCUGAUCGAGAGUUCCAUCUUGCCGGACGUUCACAGCUGCUAGCAGCUCGUUAUGAAACCCUCGACGUGGCUCGCUUAGAGUAG